ACCCAAAAAGCUUCUCCUUCUAAGAUAAUUCCCACAUCUGAUCAGCUAAAACCUUAUUUCCAAAUGACACGUUUCUAGUAGUAGGAGAUGGAACAGUGAUGGAAAGCCAGCGAGCGAGGAAUGGAAAUAAUGGAGUCGUUGAAGUUAUAAGAAGGACAAGAUGAUUUUUUGAUGUCGUAAAGCAUACAAAUGGCGUGUCGGAACAGAAGAGAAGACUUCCAAUCCGUCCUCGUUCAAAGAGUACGGUAGCUUGGAUGGAUGGAAGCUCACGCGGGGCUUUCCCUUCCAGUUCCGCCUUCAACGCUGCAUAAAUAUCGGAUUGCUUUCCACGCGGUUGGAUUGAUGAUGAGAUUGUAGCAGGCAAGGCCGGUCGUGUCGAAUCGAGUCGCCGUGCUGAUAAAUGGAGCCUUUGAAUCUUUUUAUUUUCAACUGCUCUUUCCCGAGCAGCACGAUGUUUAACGGAGAGGGAGGGUGUUAAGUAGGGUUUUGUGGAAAAAAAAUUCCUGUGCAGCUGAUAAUACAGCGUUUAUGUUUGCUUUGGGAAGGUACUCCAUUUUGGAUUUGGUUAGGUCUGAGUUGUGUUUUUGAUGGAUUAUUAUUUUCGUCGGUUGUCUUCUCGUCGAUUUGCGCUAUUUUAUGAAUUUAGAGGUUUUGAAUAAACCUUGCUUUGCGGUCGGAUUAAGAAGAUCAGAUUUUGUGAGGCAGGAAGUUGGGGUUUUGGGCCGGAUCUAAGCUUUGAGGUGCAAGCAGGCGGUGCAAGGGUUUCAUAUUUUGGUUUUGGCCUAAAUUGUGUUUGUGUUUUUAGGAAUGAAAUGUUGGAGUGAGUAAGAAUUGAAGAAGGAUGGAUUUUGGAGGUGAGGAGAUCGGUAUGCGAAUGCCGAUGAACUUUGAUUCAGUACAGGAAUCUUCCAAGUUGAAGAUGUUGAGCAAUUCCAGUAAUGGCCGUGGUGCUUCUGGUUCUGGCUCGGAGGAGAUUCGAGGGAGUGGAGCGGAGGCUUUGGGGGUUAAGAAGGCUUUUGCCUACAGAGAAUGCUUGAAGAAUCAUGCGGCCAGUUUAGGCGGGCACGCCGUUGACGGCUGCGGAGAGUUCAUGGCGAGUGGAGAGGAGGGCACGCUGGAGGCCCUAACCUGUUCUGCCUGCCUUUGCCACCGCAACUUUCACCGCAGAGAAGUUGAGGGAGAGCCUUCAUGCCCUUACUGCAACAGGAAAAGAGCCGCCUUUGUGCCGCUCACAUCUCCUCACGCUCACACGCCUUUGCCCUUGCCGCAAUUCGCUUCUGAAGAGCACGCCAGUGCAGCGGGGACAUCGGCCGCGGCGGCGGCCGCGGCUUUUGCGGCGAAGAAGCGCUUCAGAACAAAGUUUACUGUCCAACAGAAGGAGAAAAUGUUCGUAUUUGCAGAGAAAUUAGGGUGGAGGAUUCAGAAGCAAGAUGAGCCCGCCGUGCAGCAGUUCUGUGCUGAAGCAGGCGUCAAGAGGCAUGUUCUCAAGGUCUGGAUGCACAAUAACAAGAACACCCUAGGGAAAAAAGCUUAGAACCAGCUUAACAAUUCUUAUUUCUCAAUCUUCAUUUCUACUCGCCCGGUGUAAAGCAAAUCAGAUUGACAUUCAAUUUAAAGCCGGUCAGUUGCAAAAACAAUGCUACCGAAUUUUAAUUUUUCUCUAAUUUAGUGUUCUCUUUUAGAGGGCAAAGCAAAUCAGCUCAGUUUCCCAACGAGAUUGUUCUCAUUUGUACAGUAAUUUCAUGUUACUAGGUGGCAUUGUAUCUGAGUGAGUCCUUCGGGUUCUCCACGCAGUUUCGAACACGCGUUGUUUAACUUUA